AUGUGAAGCGUGAUGGAGAACCACUCGGAUGUGUUGUUUAUCCUUCACGGCCUCGAUGGGUCGGCGUCCAGCCGUCAGAUCUACUUCUCCUUGGCACUGGCGUCCUACGUCUUCACCCUGCUGGUGAACGUGAUGCUCAUUGUGACUGUGUGCGUGGAAAAGACGCUGCACGAGCCCAUCUAUAUCUUCCUGUGCAAUCUGUGCUUCAACGGCAUCUUCGGCGCAUCCAUUUUCUACCCCAAACUGCUCGGCGACCUGCUGUCCGAGGUGCACGUCAUCUCGUACACCGGCUGCCUGGCGCAGGUCUUUGCCCUCUACUGCUAUGUUUUCGGCGAGUUCACCAGCCUGACUGUCAUGGCAUUCGACCGCUACAUGGCCAUCUGCAAGCCGCUGCAGUACCGUGUCGUGAUGACGUCACAGAAGGUGGUGCAGCUGCUGCUGCUGACAUGGUGCUUCCCGCUGCUGGAGACGGUGGUGGGCAUGGCCUUGACGGCGAGGUUGCCCCUCUGUGGCCGUCAUAUCCGCAAGUUGUUCUGCACCAACUGGGAGGUGGUCAAAUUGUCGUGCGUGGACACCACCAUCAACAACAUCUACGGCUUCCUGCUUAUGUUCUUACACGUCUCACAGGCGGGCCUCAUUGUGGUGUCCUACGCCCACCUAGUGCGCGCCUCGCUCAGGUCACACUCUAACCGCCGCAAGUUUGUUCAGACGUGCGUGCCGCACUUGCUCACGCUGCUGAUCUUCACCACAUCGCUGGUGUUUGAUACCUUGUUCUCUCGCUAUGGCGGCGACCAGAUGCAGCUGCUGCAGAACAUGCUGGCCGUCGAGUUCCUGGUGGUGCCGCCCCUCGUCAACCCCGCCAUCUAUGGCAUUAAACUGCAGCAGAUCCGCUGGCGCAUCAUGCACAACUUCACACACAAAGACACCCCGCCGUUGCAGGCAGACUCGCGCUGACUCGUGUCGUUCCUUCUUACAACUCAAGACGCCGCAGACAAGUUGAACUUUGCCUCGUUUAUUUUUUUGGAAAUGUUGUGUUCAUGUAAACAUUGGUGGUGCUUCACUUGCAGCGACAAAAAUAAAUAU